CAAAGUCCAACAGCGGCAUGUGUAAUCCAUUUUUAGGCUAAGGUUGAUGUUUUUAUAGAAAAGUGCAAGACUUUAUUCUCUAGGUUUUUUAUUUUAAGUUUAAAAAUGGAACUGGAUGACAUUAUUUACCUUUUAAUUUUGUUCUCAUGCAUUGGAUUUGGUCAUUUCUUUCGGCAAAUUAAGGACAAAGAGAACCAGAAAUGGAUUGCUACAGGUGUUGGAUUUCUAGUUGUAUUUUUGGUAUCUGGAAGACACAUACUUCAUCCAAUAUUUUGUACAGCUAUAAACGCACUCAUCAUAAUAUACGGUGACAAAAGGUCAAUCCAUCUCAUAAGUUUUGCAUUUACUUUCACGUAUUUGCUCUUCUUCAGAAGUACAAUCUACUUCGGCAUACCUUAUCCUCCUGCUCAUACGAAUCUCAUUCAAAUGAUACUUACCCUGAAGUUGGUAGGUUUGGCAUUUGAAGUACAUGACAGUGUGAAGGUUGCUAGAGAGAAAGAUUUGAACGACGAUUCACCCCAUGCUGAAUUCGAGAGCUCAAGGAUCGCCACUCCAGGCUUCAUCGAAAUAUUCCAUUAUGCGUUCUGCUAUAUUGGAGUUCUCACAGGGCCAUAUUUCAAGUACCGUAUGUACUGGGAUUUGUUCAAUGCGCCAUUCUCAGACAAUGCUGACUGUCUGCGAGAUACAACCAACAAAUUGAAACCUGUGCCAUUUUUCGGAUUAGCAUUUCUCAUAUCGUCCUAUUUCUUUCCUCUUUCUUAUGCUCUGUCGGACGAGUUCUACUUUGAACGGUCGGUACUGUACCGGCUGUGGUACCUGUACCCGUCCUUCUUCAACUUUCGUAUGCGAAUGUACAUUGGCAUGCAGCUGUCUGAGUGCGUGUUCACCAUGGCGGGCCUAGGCGCCUACCCACAGAUCACCGAACCCAAACCCGGUCAGGGACCUACCACCGAAUACACUACUCUUGCCAGAAUAGUUGCAGACCCUGAAAUUGCAAAGAAAGAAAAGUACAGUUUUGAAGCAAUCCAUAACAUCGAUGCCUGGAAUUCUGACUUCAAACCCACCAUUCGAUCAUCAAUGAAAGCCUGGAACAUGACAAUUCAAUAUUGGCUGGCAGUAAAUGUUUAUAAGAGAUUUCCUAUCAAAGCUUACAGAAUGCCAGUAACUUUUGUGAUUUCGAGUUUAUGGCAUGGAGUGUAUGCCGGAUACUACCUCUGCUUGUGCUCUGUGCCAACCUACCUUCCAGCAGAAGAUAUUUUCAACAAGAACUGGAGAAACAAUACGCUACCUCCUGUAGUUGAUAAGGUAUGGGCAUUCAUCCGCUACUGGUACAAAAUGCUGCAUUUCUCUUACUGGUCGAUGGCCUUCAAUUUACUGUACGUGGACCGGUGCUUCCGUUACUGGGCGUCCAUCUACUUCAUCCCCAACCUCCUCACCAUUGCUAUGUACGCAAUAGGUCUCACAGUUUUCACCAACAAGAAGAAAGGAGACAGAAAAUCCGAUGAAAAGUUGGUGGAUCCUGUUGGAAAAUCUACAAAAUCUGAAUGAAAAGCUAUGUUAUAAAAUUCACAUUCUAUAAAAAAUGGUGAAGUGUAAAGUACACUAAAAGGUAUGUUGUAAUAUGUUAUUCAUAUGAGAACCAUUUCAGGUAAUCGAGAUUUAUUCAAUUCAAUUAGUUCAAAUCUGGAGUUGUAGUACAUACUUGAGUAAUGAAAACAACGCGAUGGCAAUUCGUUGAGUAGACUUACAAGAAUUGUCACUAGCCUACUUACUCAAUUUAUAAACAAAAUCAAUGUAAUAAUAGUUGAUUACCUGAGUACAAAAUACCCGUAUGCAAAAUGUUAUCAUAUUCUCGUAUUCUACACCUCAAAAUAGUGUAGAGUACAUAUAUUUUUAAUAUAGUUAACAAUGCUCCAUAAAAAUAUUAAAUUUGACCAAAUUUUAUUAAAAUUAAUGUUGUCAGUUCUAUAGUAGGUAUUUAACAUUUUUUAUCUAUAAAUUAAACGCAAGACUCAAUAACUUUUCUGAAAUUCGAACUAAUUUAACGAAUAGUUUAUCAUUACAUUAAAAACACCAACAAACUGUAUCGUAAUGUUUGAAACUAAGGUUCUUAGUUUCAUUAUAUUUGACAAGUUUAUAAACGAUUCGAAGAAAAUAACUCUUAUUCCCAGUUUCACCAAUCUUAGCAAUUAAGAACAUUUGAACAUAGUCAAAUCAAUUACGGUUUACAGCAAGUGCAUUGGAACGUAUUAUGAUUUCUCAUAAUCAUUAUUCUCAAAUUAUUAUUUCUAUGGUGAUACCUUCUGUAUAUAAUAAUUUCAGUGCACACUUGCAAAGUGAAUCUGCCUUGACCAGAUAUAUCCUGACCGAGUGUACAAUGCUGAAGCCGGGCAUAAUUCUCUUAUUGUGAUGAGAAGUUAUUUUGUUUGAGACACAUUUUGAAUUGAUAUUUUUACUACGAUUUCAUUAUAAGUCGGGUGCUCAUAAACUUGGUGUAAUACAUACAAUCUCUACAGACUAAUUAUUACAACUCUUGUACAAAUUGAAACGACUAAUCACAAUUGCUUCGAAUCUCUAUUCAAAUCAGAUGAAUUUGUAAAUAAAAUGUGUAUUUAAGAAAAGAAUAUAUAUAUAUAUAUAUAUAUGUGAUUAUAUUUUUUAGCUAUUUUAAUAGAGAAAAUUUUUAAUAUGUGGUUGAUGAUAUUUGGAAUAAUACUACUCAAUAGUUAUUAUUCAGUUAAUCGGAACAAAAUAAGAUUGUAUUCUCCAAUAGUCUUUGUACGAUGUGAUAUAUAUCUUCCAAUGGCGACUUGAUAAUAAACUAUGUUAUUCUAUGGCUAUCUUACUUGCCAUGAUCCAAAGUAAUUUAUCGCAAGUUUUCUAUUUUUUUAAUUAUAAUUAUCAUAAUUUUUUUAUUUACUAGCAAUCGGAUAAUUCAUUUUUAAUCAUAUUGAUUUUCAUUUUUAAGUUUAUAUUGUAAUAAUACUUAUUAUGAAUUCCAUACGAGUAUGGCGAUAAUAUUAAUGAUAUUUUUUGUUUUACAUGGUAAUUUGAUCAAUUUUUAUAGAUUAAGAAUCUUUGCCUGUCAAUGUAUGUGACUCGAUUAUUGUUAAUAUUGUGAGUAAUACAGUUGAGGUAGCUACUGAAGGUUUCAAAGUUAGAAGGGCUCCAAUGAAGUAAUAAAACUUGAAUGAAGGCAACUUUCAAUUUCAAUAUUCACAAUAUUGAAAAAUCUACAUUUCAAUACAAACUUCCGAUUAUAAUGGUGUUUCAUACCAAAUGAAAUUCUUCCAUUAUUAGUAAUGUAAGUUUAUUCCUGACGUAUCUUACUCCAGAAAAAAUAAAAAAUCAUAACUCCUUCAAUCAACAAAUAAUACUAAUUAAUUGAAAAAAUACUGUAGAAUAAUUUUAUAAAUGACUAGAACCAAAUCUAUUGGGGAUUGGAGAAACGAUUUUAUUUGUAAUGGUAUUAUUCUAUUAAUGUUAAAAAUUCGUUAUUCUAUACCUCUCUGAGAAAUUAUGUCGAAGUUUCAGUUAUCACAUUCCAAAACUCAUAAAUCAAAAGAUUUGACAUGCUAAUAAAUUUAAUUUUCAAAUUUAUAGGUAUAAAUUCGUAUUCAAUGAACAAAUGCCGAACAAACAUUGUUACCGUAUUUCUCAUGUCACUAACCUUCCUAGUCUAAUCGAUGUGAGUUUUAUUUAUAGGCCUAAGUAUCAAAAUAUCCACCGUACAAUUGAUAUAUACUCUUAGUUAUUUGUUUAUUCUACGGUAUCAGAACUUUUAAAAUUAUAUGUGCACUCAUACCAGUAAUUGAAUUAUUCUACUGCUAAAUGUUGGAAUAGAAGAAAGUAAUUCAUUUUUGAAAGUAAAUUUAUUAACCGAUUCUUACCAAUUGGUAAAUUUCAUUUAAUUUGUCUUUUUGUUUGUAAUGUAAUAUAUGUCCAAUAUAAAAGAAUAUUUUAUUGGAA